AUGCGAUGCUUCCUCUCUGAAUGAACAACAACACAGAAGCCCUUUUUCGUCAACGAAAUCAAACGAGGGUUCCGAAAGACGAACGGAAUCGAUGGCGGAGAGCUCAUCGUCCCCGCAAAAAGGACUGCAAGCUUCGGCUGCUGGGGAUCCAAUCCAGCCAUCGAAUAGUCAAAACCCUAACCUUUCGUCCCCGCAGAUCCACCCUUCUCCGUCUAUGGAUAUGCCGCAGAUCUCCUCGCCGCAGUUGCCGUCAUCUCAACCGCAGAUGAGCCCGUCAUCGUCCAUGGAUUAUGCGCAGAAGCAAGCAUUGCCGGCGGGGGCGCAGCAGAACGGGAUGCCUGCGACUGCGAGUUUCGGGGUUCAGCCUGGGCUUCAGAGGACUGGGUCGAUGCCGAGGAUCAGCCAGUUGCAGCAGCAGUUUGGGCCAGCAGCGGCAGCCAGCGCGAUGAGGCAGCAUAAUGGUAUGUAUGCCGGGCAGAUGAACUUUGCUAACCCGCAAAUCCAGCAACAGCAACAGCAGCAGCAGCAACAGCAGCAACAGCAACAGCAACAGCAGCAAUUGGGAGGGGGGAUGUCAAGGUCGGGAAUGAUCAGCCAGGGAGGGCAGCUACAAAUGGUUUCCGGCCAGUCGCCGGGGCAUUUCAAUCUACAGUCGCAGAUGCUCAACCAGCCGAGACAGAAGAUGAAUUUAGCCCAAGGUUCGCAAAUCCUUCAAGGGAAUACAUCGGGGCAGGCAUUACAGGGCAUGCAGACAAUGGGGAUGAUGAACCCGCUUGCCAUGAACUCACAGCUUAGAGCCAAUGCGCCUCUUUCAUAUGGGCAGCAACGCUUUACUCCUGGGCAGAUGAGACAGCAACAACAGCAACAACAGCAGCAGCAGCUAUCACAACAAAUGCCUCUCACAUCUCCUCAUAAGUUGUCAGGUCAGACCUUAUCGAGGACAUUAUCUGGAUUAGUUCAAAAUGGACAGGGAUUAGUGCAGAAUAGUCUCUCACAGCAGCAGUGGCUGAAGCAAAUGCAGCCGGCAAUGUCUGUACCUGGAUCUGCUUCAUAUCCUCUUCAGCAGCAGCCACAGCAGCAGCAGCAGCAACAGCAGCAGAGGCAGCAACAAGGAUUCUUGCCACAACAACUAUCCUCAUCUCAGCUGCAUCAAAAAACACUGGGUCUCAACCACCAGCAACUUGCCCAACUGGUGCAGCAACAGCAGCAGCAGCUGGGUACUCAUCAUCAUCAGCAGCAGCAGCAGCAGCAACAACAACAACAACAACAUCUGCUUCAACAACAACACCAACAACAAUUUCAACAACAACAAUUGCAACAACUACAGCAGUUCCAGCAACAGCAGCAGCAGCAGCAACCUCAACAAUCUCCAAGAAUGCCUGGACCUGCGCUCCAGAAUUCAUCGACUUUGACAGGAGCUCAGGCAGACAUGACUACAUCUGGCACAACAACACCUGGUGGAAGUUCAAGUCAUGGAACAGACACAAGUAGUCAACUUCUUGGAAAGAGAAAGAUACAAGAUUUGGUUUCACAGGUGGAUGCCUUGGGUAAGGUGGACCCUGAAGUUGAAGACCUCCUUCUUGAAAUAGCUGAUCAGUUCAUUGAGUCAGUAACACGCUUUGCCUGCACUCUGGCAAAGCAUCGGAAAUCUUCAACUCUGGAGUUAAAGGAUCUAUUGCUGCAUCUUGAGAAAAAUUGGGACUUGAAAAUUCCAGGUUUUACAAGGAAUGAACAGCAGCAACACACAAGAACCUUGUCAAAUGACAUCCACGAGAAACGAUUGGAAAUGGUACGAGCUCUGAUGGAGUCACAAAAUUCAAAGAAUGGUCUUGCAACUAAAGUUACUGCUGGAAACCAGUUUGCUGGUGAAUCAACAAUUAAUCGUCCUAUGAAACCUUCACCUAGUUCAGAACAGUUGGUUCUGCCUGCAUCAGCUUCUCAAAUGUUGCACAAAAUUCAACGGUUUUAGCUUUCUGGCAACCUGACCAAUAAUAGCUUUGUACAGGUAAAAACCCCAUGGCUCGGAAGUAGUUUUGAACUAAGCUGGUCGCUGCAUCCAACAUCCUUGUCUAAUAUUGAUUAAAUUGUGUUUGUGCUCUUCUUGAUGUACGUGGUACUCUCAUGAUUAUAGAAUAGCAAAUUGUUGCCCAUAAAUAUAAAGAAUAGCAAAUUAUUUGUAGCAUUGCCAUAAUAGAACAGCUGCUUGGUUCUGAAAGAAAAGUUAAGGUAAUGCACGGAGGUCUGGAAAGUCUUUUUAUUUUUUUUUCUUGUUAUUUUUAUUUUUGACAUAUACAAGUAACUGGUGAAAUAAUUAUUUGUAAUAAUUGGCCGAGUUGAA